CGGGGCUGUGAGGAGGGCGCGGACUGACAGAGCGACCCCGCCGGGAUGGGGGGUGUGGCUGCUCCGCUGGGGUCCUGCGGGUGGGAGAGCGGCUCCGCGACCACCAGGGGCCGGAGCCUUUCCGCCCUAUGCUAGACAUGCUUUUCCUUUCGUUUCAUGCAGGCUCUUGGGAAAGCUGGUGCUGCUGCUGUCUGAUCCCAGCCGACAGACCUUGGGACGGGGACCGGCGCUGGCGGCUGGAGAUGGCGGACACGAGAUCUGUGCAUGAAACCAGGUUUGAGGCGGCGGUGAAGGUGAUCCAGAGUUUGCCGAAAAAUGGUUCAUUCCAGCCAACAAAUGAAAUGAUGCUCAAAUUCUAUAGCUUCUAUAAGCAGGCAACUGAAGGACCCUGUAAAUUUUCAAGGCCUGGAUUCUGGGAUCCUAUUGGAAGAUAUAAGUGGGAUGCUUGGAGUUCGUUGGGUGAUAUGACCAAAGAGGAAGCCAUGAUUGCAUAUGUUGAAGAAAUGAAAAAGAUUCUUGAAACUAUGCCAAUGACUGAGACAGUUGAAGAAUUGCUACAGGUCAUAGGUCCGUUUUAUGAAAUUGUAGAGGACAAAAAGAGUGGCAGAAGUUCUGAUUUAACUUCAGAUCUUGGUAAUGUUCUAACUUCUACUCCAAAUGCCAAAACUGUUAAUGGUAAAGCUGAAAGCAGUGAUAGUGGAGCUGAGUCUGAGGAAGAAGAGGCCCAAGAAGAAGUGAAAGGAGCAGAACAAAGUGAUAAUGAUAAAACGAAGAAAUCCACAGACCAUAAGAAUUUGGAAAUUGUUGUCACUAAUGGCUAUGAUAAAGACAGCUUUGUUCAGGACGUACAGUUUGACAUUCAUGCCAAUUCUUCCCUGAAUGGCAGAAGUGCUGAAGAAAUAAAACCUGUAGAUCAAAAUUUGGAGCAAACUGGAAAAACUAUUGUCUGCAUUCACCAAGAUAUAAAUGAUGAUCAUGUUGAAGAUGUUUCAGGAAUUCAGCAUUUGACAAGUGAUUCAGACAGUGAAGUUUACUGUGAUUCCAUGGAGCAAUUUGGACAAGAAGAGUCUUUAGACAGCUUUACAUCAAACAGUGGACCAUUUCGAUAUUACUUGGGUAGUGAUCUCAAUCAGCCCUUGGAAAAUUCUGGUUUUCCUGAAGAUGUUCAAGUAUAUCCUGAGAAUGGCAACGCUGGGGACAUGCAAGUGGUAGCGGUGGAAGGAAAAGGUGAAGUAAAGCAUGGAGGAGAAGAUGGCAGAAGUAACAGUGGAGCACCACACCGUGAGAAACGAGGCGGAGAAAAUGAGGAAUUCUCCAGUGUCAGGCGAGGGAGAGGGCAUAGGAUGCAACAUUUGAGUGAAGGAGCCAAGAGUCAGCAAGUGGGAAGUGGAGGUGAUGGGGAACGCUGGGGUUCAGACAGAGGGAUGAGAGGCAGCCUCAAUGAGCAGAUUGCUCUCGUGCUCAUGCGACUGCAGGAAGACAUGCAGAAUGUCCUUCAGAGACUUCACAAACUGGAAACAGCAGUGGCCUCACAGGCAAAGUCAUCAACAUUACAGACUAGUAAUCAGUCUCCUUCACAGAGACCAUCAUGGUGGCCCUUCGAGAUAUCUCCUGGUGCAUUAACUUUUGCUAUUAUAUGGCCUUUUAUUGCCCAGUGGUUGGUGCAUUUAUAUUAUCAAAGAAGGAGAAGAAAACUGAACUGAAGAAAAUGGUAUUUUACUCAAGAAGACUACUGGGCCUGGAUGACCUCGGAAUGAAAAGGAUUGUGGCACUCACAAGAAAAUCUUAGUUUGUGAUUACAUUUCUUUUUGUUGUCCAGUAGUUUGGUUUGUGUACAUAUAUACACAUAUAUAUAUUUUGCACUACACAAAUGAUAACAUUUUAAGGACUAAUAUUGCUGAUACUUGAAUAAUCAGUCUCAACUAGGUUAUAAGUAGCAUCCAUAGAUAUACCCUACCCUUGAACUUGAAGGACAUUAAAUGAUUAAAUUAUUAAUUAUUGUUUGGUAACAUGUUUACCUGAUUAUCUCCCGUAGAGAAAUAUAAGCUCCUUAGGUACAGGUCUGAUGAUGAGAUCAGAUUUAUAAGUGAAUAUUUUUAAUUUUCUAAAUUAAAUAUGAGAAAGACUACAAACCAGGAGUGAAUUUCAAGUGAGAUUCAAUUGACUGUCUUGGUCACUGCUUUGCCAUGCCAAGGAGUAGAACACUGCUGGAAGAGUCUUCUCCACAUCCACUUGGUGGGCUGCCCUUUGUUGGUCAUUCACAGCUCUGACUUUAAUGUUCAAACACCAUUAUUAUAAAGUAGAGCCCCAUAUACAAGGCUUAGUUUUUACAAAUGAGUCACAGAAUAGACAUAACCUGCUGAUGGAAAUAAUGAAGAAUAAGGUUAAAGUAGGUUUAAAAGUUUAUUCUGAGCCUGCAGAUCAUUAAUAAGAUUUUUACUCAAUCCUGUACAUUUAUCCCUUUAUAAUCAUUUGUCUUUAACUGAGGAUAACUCGUUUCUGCUUCAUAGGGUGCUUUGAAAUAUGAAACGAAAAAACUUAUUUAUACUGUUUUUACAAAGGUCAAAAAGGAAACACAUAAAAACCACUUUUCUGCAACUGGUAAACUAUACAGACUGGACUCUUAACCUCUUAGUGCCUCAGUUUUCCCUUCGGGGUAUGGUAUUUGAGAAAUACCUAUUUCGCAGAGGUAGUAAAAGGAUUUGCAAGCUAGCAGCCAUAUGCUUCCAUAUGAAUAAAGCAUACCCAACUAAUGUAAAUUUAAAUGUCUUUCCCCCACCUUCCACAUUUAAACUAAAAAGAAGGUUAUAACUUAGAUCCUUAAAGGCUUUGUUUGGAAUUAUUCUUCCUGUAUAACUUCUAAAACUCCUUGUUCAUUUAGAUGUACCUGUGUACUUUAAAGAUUUCUCUAAUUCGCAGUCUUAGUAACAAAUAAUUUUAACCAUUAUUGGUGUGUAUGGUGUCAGAUUAAGCAUCAUGUGUUCGGAGUGUUUUCAGUAAGAGAAAGUAAUCCAUCCCUACCAUAGAGGGUGGGUCUUUGUUUGCCUGAGGAAAAAAAAAAUGUAAGAAUUCAGUUUACUUUUCCCAAGACUCUUUUUUUCCUUAUUCUUUUCCUUUCCUGUAACUUGAUUUUAUUUUUUUAAUCUCAUCUUAAUUAAAAUGCCUGUCUAAAGGGAUCUACUAAUAUUUGCUUUUUAAAAACUGUCCUCUAUUUAUUUAGGGAAAAGAAUGAAGCAAGUAACUGAAUUAUAUGUAAAAAUAAAGUUUAGUCCUGUGGAUCAGGAAUUAUUUUCAAACAUUGGAUAUCCAUCUGGUAUCAGAAAAUAGUGGCUUUUCUUUUAGUAUAUAAAGAAAUAAAAUGCAAAUUAAGAAUGUAA